GAAAGUCAAAACUGGUUUCAGUGUUGAACUGAUCACCAUUAGGUUAACAUCAACUAUUGGUUCACCUUUUUUUUAUAUCAUAAUGUGUUUAAAACUCUGAUACAUUUGUAUUGAGAAUCAGUUUGAAAAAGAAAUCCUUUUUGUUGCCAAUUGCCUAACAUUGGAUUGGUUAUUGAACAUCUCAUGACUGUCAUCGUCUGACCAAACGGCUGACUAUUUACAAUAUCUUUGUCUAUGUUUCAUGUUGUUUUGAGCCAUUUUUAACCUUUUUCAACGGAUUAUUUUUGUUUAUGUUUUGCUUCUUCUCUUUACCAUCACCAAAUUUAAUGAAACAUCGUCAUCUUUCGAUAUCAUCAUCAGUACCAUUCAGCGUUUUUUUAUCAUUGUUUACUUAUUUCAAUGAGUUAACCUUGCCUAAAGUGUUACAAUAAAGGUUGGAAAACAAAACUAGAUCUAAAGAUUAAAUUGUUAACUGUUGAAGCCGUCUAAAAGCAAUUAAAUAUGGUUACAAAUACAGAAGCCAAUUCAUAUGUAUCGUCGGUUGAAUGGGCAGAAGAAGGCGUUCAACUGAAAGAUUUUGCUCGUAAAUACAAAUUACCCAGUGUUGGUCGAGUGAUUAAAGGUCACUACGAGGGGAUAGGUGUUCCUAGUUUGUCUUGUCCAUCUUCUCGUCAAACAGCUUUUUGGCUAAAUGGUGGCCAAGUAAUUAAAGUUGCUGCCCAAUGUGUAAAAUUUAAAGAGUCUCGUGGUUAUCAUGGAUCAAUAGCAUCUAGACCAGUCCCAUUUGGUCCUAGAUUGGCAAUUCCUGACAAUUAUGAUGGUUUCUUUGAGAUUUUAUCUGAAGAAGGUCGAUCUGUUCGAUGUAUUGAGAGUGUCAAUGAAUUGGUUAAGCGAUCACCUUCAUCAGUUUUAAUCCGAGAAUCAAUUAAAGUGUAUCUACCUAAAGGUGAUAAUGAAAAUGUUGUUAGUGAUAAAAGUCGCUCACUAGCCAUCGGUGAAGUGUUAACGCUAGUUAAUAGUGAAUCAGAUAACAUCAACAACAACCAUAUAAAAACUAACAAUAACAUUAAUAGUAACAAGUCAUUCUCAUCGUCACCAAUCGACCCUUUAUCAACAGCACCCACCACAUCCUCACCUUGUGAUAACCAAGUCAACACCAAUUCUGAUUCUUCAGUGUCAACAUCAGAAUCAACUUCUUCCUCGGAAUCUUCAUCUUCCUCGCCAUCACCAAUUUCAUCAACUUGUUCCUCAACAACCGAAUCAUCAUCUUUUGGAGUGAAAUUAUCAUCGCCAGCAUCUCCAACCCAUUGUCAACCCGGGACGAUAAUAACAACCACAUCUUCCUCAUCCCAAACAAAGUACAUUAAAGGUUAUACUGGUAAAGGAGAUAUUGUUUACCUUCCCAUUGAAGGUAAAGGGCGUUUCAGUCCCAUAGCCAAAGAAGAUUCAAUAUCCGGUGUCCAUAGGAUAUCUUCUCUGUUGACCAAAAGGUUACCCUUAAUGGUACGUCUGGUUUUUGGACGUCCUCCAGCAGGCUUUAAAUCAUUCACACCCGAAAUGAGACUUUUUUCAAUCUUUUCGGAAGAUUAUCUUAUGGCACUGCCAGUAACAAAGGAAUCAGCCCCUGUAGUAACUGUUCCAGUAUCAGCUUCAUUAAAGAUUGUGGUCCCUAAAAAUGGUAGUUCACUGUCAAACCAUAGAUACCAUGAUAUUCUGAUUUCUCGUUUCAACGAGAAAACAUCAGGUUCACCCAAUUCCUUGUUACCCAAUCGUAUACAAGUUUGUGAAGGUUCAUCUCUUGGUAAAAGGUUAAAAAGCAAUUGGAAAGAAAGUAACAUUCCAUUGUCCGGUGAAUUAAACAGUGAUGCUGCAGUAACUAGUGAAUCCGUGAAUUACAGUCACAAGAAGAGAUUAUUCCAAUCAGAUUCAUUGGAUUUUGUAAACAACAACAUCAACAACACAUCAUCAAAUGAAAGCGAUAAUGUAAAAAAUGUAGACUCUGAUUUGACUGAAAUAAACGGUGGCCUGAUGGGCAUUGAUGAUGAACCCAAUAACACUUCAAAUGGUAAAACAAAUGAAAGUGAUGAUUUAAAUGUCGAGGAAGAAGACGCGGAAGAUAAUGAUGGCUCUUGUUAUGACGAAAUUGACCAGAUUUAUGAUUAUGUUCGAGGUUUUGCUCCACUUCCAGAGAAACUUCGACCAUCUCGUACCAGCAAUUCAGAUUCACCUCCUGAACCGCCACCAAUAGAAACAAUACCAAGCCUAGUUACCCAUCAACAUCAUCAUGGCAAUCCUCAUCAUCCAUCCUAUCCAUCUCAUCAUCAUUCAAGUUAUCGACGCUUAUCUUAUCCAACUGUUUUCCAUGAAAUUUUACCCAAAAUGGGAUUAUAUGAGAAAAAAGUUUCCCCCUCUGAGCAUAUUUAUGAGAAAGUUCCUCUUUCAUCUGGACAUCAUCGGCCUGAGAAGAGAUAUCACUCUGGAAAUAUCCGAUCAAGAGAAAACUCUUAUCAUCACCAGCAAUCUUCUUCAUCUCACAAUCACCAUGGACCAAGAAUACCAAUGAGAUCUAAUAGUACAGGGAAAAUGUAUCUACCCUUGAAUGGAUUACCUGUUCAUCCUCACCCAGGCCAUUUAUCCUCAUCUAAUCAUCAUUCUUCCACUCAACUUCACCAACUUCAUCCAUUGCAUCAGCAACACAACAAUCUUCAUCAUGCCCCUCUAGCUAAACCAAAACUAUUUAUUAAAUCAAAUCAUCAGCCAUCAGCUGGUCCAUUCACUAAUGGAUCAAAUGGCAACUCUAAUAAUAACCGAAAGACUAACAAAUUAAUGAGAAAUGCCAGAGGAUUAUCACUUACCAAUGAAAACUCUGCUCCUUAUUACAACAACAACAAUGAGAAUGAUAAAGAUUUAAUCUUUAACAACAAUAACAUCAACAAUAACUAUCAUGGAAUCAAAGUCAAUACUAACGAUAUUAACAAGUGGACUUGUCGAUCAAGCCGAUCAUUAACGACAUCACCUUUAUUCAAUAUACGAUACAAAUCAUUGACCAAUCUUCACUUCAUCAAUCCACUAGCCAAUUCAUCAUCUUCCAAGGGAUGUUAUGAUCACCAUUCAAACAAUACUCUUGCCUCAUCCAAUUCAUCGGGUUGUAAAAUUUCAAGUGGAUCUGGACGUUCAGUAGAGUCACCAAGUGAUACCAAGGCCAAAAAAACUCGCAAAUUAUCCCGUCCACUAUCCUUUAGUAACCUAUUCUGGGAUCUUAAAAAUGAUUUAAUAUCAUCAUCUGCCCAUCAUAACAAUAACAACACUAUUGAAUCCAUUUAUCCUGAUCCAAGGAUAUCAUCAAGUCCAAAUGGAGGUGAACCGAGUGCCAUGGUAUUAACACAAUUAGUUAAUAAUGUGGCCUCCAAUAGACGAGUGGGAACACUUUAUUUGUAAAUUGAAUAAAUUAUUUUACCAUUAAUACUUGUAUCAUCUUGAGUAAAAAAAAGCAUUGAACAAUCGUUUCUCUCAACCUGAUCAUCGAGACAUUUUCUGGAGGAGAUAAAUUCAUCGUUUUUUUUCACUCUUGCUCAUUCAAAUUACUAAAGGACUGAACCAGGGAAAAAGAUUGUAAAGAUUUAAACCAAAUCAACUCAAUUGGUUAUUCAUGAGAUUUGUCAUUCCAAGUGAUAUUCAAAAUUGAUCAAAGCCCAAUGGAUUCAGGAGCAGCAAAAUAUUACAUUCAGUUUCUAUGCAGCAAUAGAAAUGAUUGAACCAGUGUUGAAUCAAAUUGUCUCGUUUCCUAAUUAUCAACCAUUUCUGUUGGUCCAUUUAAUCAUUGAAUUUCUUACCAUGUAAUAAUAUUGUGCCAACGUUUUCACCUUCUUAAUUUCACUUGAAAUCUUUUGUCUCGUUUUUUUGUAGUCUUAAAGAAACGGCAAAAAAUGAUUCCAAUUUACCUUGACUCCUACUCAUGUUCAACUUAUUAAUAACAAUUUACCAAGUCAAUUUAAUUAUCUUCAUCUUCUUUCACUGCAAUUAAUUAAAUGCCAUCAUCAACUCUACCUUUUUUUUAA